AUGUCGAUUCUACAGCCAUCUGAAAAUAACUCAAUCAUAUUUGCAUCAUCAUUUGGCGCUGGUGCAUUUGCAGGAAUGCUUGCUAAAUCGUUUGUCGCACCUUUGGAAAGAGCAAAGAUUCAUUUUCAAGUAUCAUCAACAACUCAUUAUUCAUUAUUUGAAGCAGCAAAAUUCUUGAAAUUAUCAUAUCAGGAAAAUGGAUUAUUUUCACUUUGGCGUGGUAAUUCAGCAACAUUAUUCCGAGUGAUACCAUACGCUGCAAUACAAUUUGCAUCGUAUGAACAGUACAAAUCAAUACUUCGUGUUGAUUAUAAUGGAAAACGUACACCUGUACGACGAUUAUUAGCUGGUUCAUUAGGUGGUAUUACUGCUACCUUAAUUGUUUAUCCAUUGGAUACGGCAAGAACUCGACUAGCUUCAUCAAAAUAUUCUGAAUAUACCAAUCUGCGAUCAGUUUUUUAUAAAAUGUAUACCAGAGAAGGAAUUCGGUCAUUUUAUUACGGAAUAAUACCAUCUUUAUUUGGUAUCAUGGUUUAUGCUGGUGGUAGUUUCUAUACAUUUGGUACACUUAAACUUCUUCAUCGAGAACGUUGGAAUGAACCAGUACCACCUUAUCAUCGACUUAUUUAUGGUGCCAUUUCGGGUGCAGUUGGUCAAUUUAUAUCGUAUCCUAUAGAUAUUGUUCGUCGACGAAUGCAAACGGGUCGAGUACCAUUAAAACAUUAUGCAUUUCAUAUACUUUACGAUAUUUACCGCAAUGAGGGAAUCUGGAAUGGUUUAUAUAAGGGGAUAAGCAUGAAUUGGAUUAAGGGACCUAUAACAGUAUCUAUCAGUUUCACCGUUUAUGACUAUACCUUUUUGUAUUUGCUGGAUAAAUUGCGGACGAAACCGUGA